CUCAACACUCAAUGACAGCGUUGCGCGACACAUCGGCCGCGUUGACGGCAUUUGACGUGUCUCCGUUCAUAACACAACAAUAUGGCGGAAACCGUGGACGAAGCUCUUCAGGGCAGCUGGGACCAGGAUCUUGCUGAGGCUCUGGACUCGGGUUCAGACAUGGAGAUGGAGAGGUCCAUCAUCCAGGACCAUUCGGUUCAACACAAGGCCAAGAUGUGGAAGAUCGCUCUAAAUGUCUCUGGGAAAGGCGACAGUCUGUCUCCGUGGGACGGCGUCCUCGAUUUACCAGAACAGACGCUCAUUCACAACCGCAGUCAGCAGCUGAUCGAUCAGUUGGGAGUAUCAGAGGAGGAGAGGAGUGAGAUGGUUUCCGAUGUUGAGUCGGUCAUCACUUUCUACUGUAAGUCUCGAAACAUAACCUUCACCCCGGAGCUGAGCUGGCCGCACCUGCUCAAACCUCUGCUGGGGCUUCAGCUGCCCCGCAGCGACCUCUACAACUGUUUCUACGCCGUCAUGAACAAAUACAUCCCCAGGGAAUGUGUGCCAAAAGGCAGACCUUUCCACCUCUACAGACUACUGCUGCAGUAUCACGAGCCGGAGCUCUGCUCCUUCUUGGACACCAAAAAGAUCACACCUGACUCAUACGCCAUCAACUGGCUGGGCAGUCUGUUUUCCAGCCACUGCCUUCCUGAGGUCACCCAGGCUUUGUGGGACUCCUACUUCCAGCAGGCUGACCCUUUUCUCAUCUUCUUCCUCAUGCUCAUCAUCCUCGUCAAUGCCAAAGAGACCAUCCUUACACAAGAAGGAGGCAGCAAAGAGGACAUUAUCAAAAUGCUGGAAGCGUCUCCUUCUCUCCUUGAAUCUGAAGACAUUGAGGAUUUGCUUUCGCUGGCCCAGUAUUACCAGACCAAAACCCCUCUGUCUCUCAGAAAGAUGAAUCAGAAUCUGUUUGGUAGCAGCCUCGUCGCUCUUAAAGAGGAAGACACUGACCUGAGUCAGGCCCUGUGCCUCCCCGUGUCCGUCCCUGAAAUCCUGCAGGCCAACCAGCUGCAGCAGGACGGGGUCCGUUUCUUUGUGGUGGAUUGUCGGCCUGCAGAGCAGUACAACGCUGGCCACUUGUCUACAGCCUUCCACCUGGACUCUGACCUGAUGCUCCAGAACCCCUCAGAAUUUGCUCUGUCGGUGAAAUCUCUCCUGGAGGCUCAGAAGCAGUCUUUAGAGUCGGGCUCCAUCGCCAGCGGAGAGCACCUGUGCUUCAUGGGCAGCGGGAGAGAAGAGGAAGACAUGUACAUGAACAUGGUGCUGGCACAUUUCCUGCAGAAAAAUAAAGAAUAUGUCAGCAUUGCUAAAGGAGGUUUCAUGGCCCUCCAGAAGCAUCUUGUUGACAUGAACGUCGAGGGUCUCGACUCUUCGUACGUCCACUGGAUCGUCAGCACGUCUGGAUCUCACAGCAGCCUGAGCUCCGUAGACGGAGACCUUAGCAGCCCUGGGGACAGCAAAGGAGUGAAGUCCCUUGUCAACAAGAUGACUUUUGCUCUCAAGUCCAAGUCGGUUAACGUAAAGGAGAAGAUGAUCAGCUUCAUUGAGAAUACCUCCACACCUGUAGACAAAAUAUCUUUCAAUCUGCCUUGGCCAGAGAAGGUGGUUCCCGAUCGGCACGUGAGCAGCAGCGACCGCGUUGGCAAACCGUACCGGGGGGUCAAGCCUGUUUUCAGUAUUGGCGAUGAAGAGGAGUACGACACAGACGAGAUUGACAGCUCAUCCAUGUCGGACGACGACAGGAAGGAGAUCGUCAACAUUCAGACCUGGAUAAACAAACCGGAUGUAAAACAUCACAUUCCAUGCAACGAGGUGAAAGAAACGGGUCACAUGUUCCCCAGCCACUUGUUGAUCACAGCGACCCACAUGUACUGCCUGAGAGAGAUCGCCUCGAGGAAAGGCUUCGCUUACAUCCAGUCCAGACAAGCGCUGAACUCCGUGGUGAAGAUCACAUCCAAAAAGAAGCACCCGGAGCUGAUCACGUUCAAGUUCGGGAGCAACAAUUCAGCCGGAGUGGAGAUAUCAGCUGUCGAGAGAUAUUUGAUACCCAACGCGGGCGACGCCACGAAAGUCAUCAAGCAGCAGAUCAUGAAAGUCCUAGAUGCCCUGGAGAGCUCGUAAACGGAGAAGACGGAGUCGCCGUGGGAGACCGUGGCAGCCGUCCACGACACGAACUUUAAGAUGAGUCUCUCGUCCGCCGAGAGUGAAACCUUCUCCCGCUGUCCCUCGGGUGUCCUCCCUCCUGGACAGAACCCAGUGCAGAGUUGACUGUGAAGCCCUGUGUGUCUGUCUUUGGGACAUGUAGGCACACCACUGUCUUCAGACCUGUGGGACAGGCUGUGUGUGUCCAAAUACUUAGGUGCUCUGCAGUCAUCCAACCAUAAUCUUCCACUAAUUUAAAAUAUAUAUAUUGGUUAUAGUGUAUGAUUUUCUUUACUAUUAGUGAAACGUGGGACGUCACUACGGUGCCGUUCCACUUUUGGUGGUUUCCCUCUGGCCUUAACGUAGCGUACCGGCCAACCAGUGGCAAACAUGUUUGAUCCACACACGACUGACGUUAUCCUUUGGACUUGAGCAUCUCAGUUCUGACCCAUUAGUUUUGUUUUGUGAGCAGUAUUUCUAUUAACGUGUUGAGUAGGUUUAACAUUCAUCGUUCCGGUUAGGAAAUGAGCAUGAGUCAGCACGCUCGGACAUAAAGACGCACAUCCCAAAAAAACAAAAGUAAAAGUAAAAAGCAGUGCUGGCACAUGAGGCAAGUUUCCUACCGCAACAACUGUCUUUUGAUAACUUUUCUUUAACAGCAGGCAGCCUUAAAUGGAAAUUAUUUGAGGGUGUUUUAUAAAUAAGGAAAUGUAUAUAUUGUGUAUCAGCACAGACCUUUGAAUUGUCAUAUUAAAAGCGUAACCCUGUAGCUUAAGUAUGCGGUGAAACUUCAUCUGGAUUCUUAAGCAGUUCACACGGUUUGAAGUUCCCCUUCUUUGUAGAGGAAGAAGAAAGUCUUUCGCAAUGUUUCUGGGAGAUCAUUUAUUCGUUGCUUUUGCAUCUUAUGAUGAAUUAACCUCAUCUCAUAGCACUCUUAUGUAGCUCUCGGAAAGCGUUGUUCACAUCCCGCUGUGAAGCACCGGUGGAUCUCAACAGGAGGUUCAGGGAUCGUAGUUAUAAAGAGCCUGAGCACCUCAGUAUUUUUUCAUCCCAUUCAUAUUGAGUAUGUGAAUAAUUCCCCCUGAUAACCAAAUGAAAAUGUAAUAAUUUGCCUCUCUGGUAUAUGAUGGCGUUCUGACGACUAAAGCCUACUGAGAAAGCGAAGCUCACUGGGGACGAGGAGCUUUACACUUUUGAGGACAGCAUUGAAAUGAAUGAAAAGGGUAAAAUUGUUUAAAGGAAAAUUAUUAUACUGUAUGUCUACGUUUUCAAAUCGAUCUGUCUUGUCCAUUGUAUUAGUCAAAACUGAGCAGCUUUCAUUUUGCUUGCCACUGUUGCCUUUGGCCUCAUGCCUGUGACGUGUGAUAUUGGCACCAGCAGUGGCAACAUAUCACAGUAUACUGCUGCUGCUUCUUCUUCUUCUCUCAACUUAAACUGUCUCUUGACUCUUCCUCGCUUUGUUCUCGGUUACUUACUCAUUUGCAUUGACGUCUAGUUGUGUGGGCAGCCUGGGACAGGUGCAGUUAAAACUUCAGCCCAGAGAGCGUUGGUCCCUUUUAUCUUUAAAUACUGUCAUCCUGAUAAAAAAAAAAAAAAAAACAGAAGGCACAUUUAAAAAUAUGGGCGAGAAAAACCAAAACUUGGAUCAAAGAGUAUAAAUCUGGUGUUUCUUCACUCCAGCCUGUCAUAGCAUUCCUGUGUAAUCCAUGCAUUGUGUUGUACUUUGUGAUAAUUUUUCAGUAUUGACUGGAACGUCCUUAACUGGAGUCUUUACAUUACUCUGUAACAUCACUGGCAAAGGAUGUCGACCACUAGUUGAAAAUGCAACUUGUCUCGAGUGUAAUUUGCACCUUACUGUACUGCUAUUAUUUUCUAAGCGUUUCUGUUUUUAAUAAAUGGAGAUUAUUCGACUGCA